AUGGUCCACUCUUCAUUUCUCCACACUCCUCAUCCCAGCCACGACUCCGUGAAGCUGAUCAAGUUCGCGGACGACACCACCCUCAUUGGACUCAUCUCCAACAACGAUGAGUCCGCCUACAGGAGGGAGGUGGACCGGCUGGUGUCCUGGUGCAGUGGUAACAACCUGGAGCUGAACGCCCAGAAGACAGUGGAGAUGAUUGUGGACUUCAGGAAGAGCACUGUCCCCCCGCCCCCACCCUCCGUGAUGGACUCCCCCAUCACCUCUGUGGAGUCCUUCCGUUUCCUGGGCACCACCAUCACCCAGGACCUCAAGUGGGAGCCGACCAUCAGCUCCCUCAUUAAGAAGGCCCAGCAGAGGAUGUACUUCCUGCGGCAGCUCAGGAAAGCCAAGCUGCCUGCACAGAUGUUGGUGCAGUUCUACACGGCCAUCAUCGAGUCCAUCCUCACCUCCUCCAUCACCGUGUGGUUCGCUGGAGCCACAGUCAGGGACAAACAGAGACUACAGCGCAUUGUGCGCUCUGCAGAGGAAGUGAUCGGCCGCAGCCUUCCAUCGCUGCAGGACCUAAGCUUCCUCAGUAUUGUGAGGUCUCUGCGGGGAGCUGCUUGUCGUGCGUUUGCCAGGAGCAUCAUUCCACCCACGGCAGGACGGGCUGGCAGCUCCGUCAUUGGAAGAAGCAGACACCUCCUACUACCUGCUCUGCUGUGCUGCGCUCGCAUCACUCUCCCCUCAGACACCAAGAUGGCGGCCGCCUCAUCUAUCCAGCAGCCGCCCCACGCUCUCUCCGCUGCUACCCGGGAGAGCGCACCCCUUACCCCGGUCAUGGACAGUCCCGAGAGGCCGCGGAAAGACAAUGACGAAGAGCCCGCAGUGCAGUCCUCGGAACCCGGGCCGAGUUUACGCCAACUCGCCGAGCUGGAACCAGAGGAGAUCGAGAGGAGACUUGCCAAGACGCGCCAGGAGCUGAGCAACAGGAGGAAAAUAUUGAUGAAGAACCUGCCACCGGACACAACCAACCAGGAAGUCCAUGAAAUACUGAAAGAGUACGAGCUGAAGUACUGCUUCGUGGAUCGCAACAAAGGCACAGCCUUUGUGACUUUGCUGAACGGGGACCAGGCUCAGGAUGCCAUCCGCUCCCUCCACCACAGCACUGUCCGCGGACGCUUGAUCAACGUCACCCUGCAGCCCACCGACUCGCUGCUGUGCGUCACCAACCUGCCGCACACCUUCAGCGCGCAGCAGUUCGAGGAGUUGGUGCGCGCCUACGGAAAUAUCGAGCGCUCCUUCCUGGUGUACAGUGAGCUGACGGGACACUCCAAGGGCUAUGGCUUUGUGGAGUACAUGAAGAAGGACUCUGCCUCCCGCGCACGCUCAGAGCUACUGGGGCGACCGCUGGGCGACCGCUCCCUGAUGGUGCAGUGGAUGGAUGUGAACCAGCUGAGUCAGGAGGAGAACCUUCACUCCAAGUGUGUGUGCGUGGACCGACUGCCUCUGGACCUCUGCGACUCCGAAGAGCUCACGCAGCUCUUCUCCGAGACCUACAAGCCUGUCUUCUGUCAGGUACGUCAAGCUAACACAGUUUAA